AUCAUCUAUCUGUUUCAGGUAUUCAUCUGCAACAAAUUCAGCAAAGAAUCCUAAGAGUGAAAAGCUCCAGGAACAAAACACGGAAAAGCCUUGCAAAUACUUUUUCACGCAAUGGCCCUGGAUAAAAUGGAAAAAUUGCAUCUGGAAGAUAAAAUGAUUCAAACUGAGCUGUGUGAAUUGGAAGGUAUUCUCUUAACAAAACCAAUAUAUAGCAUAUGGGAUCAAGUGUGGAACUUCAAAGCCAGACCUGAUGAUCUUCUCAUUGCAACCUACGCAAAAGCAGGUACCACGUGGACACAGGAGAUAGUGGAUAUGAUUCAACAAAACGGAGACAUUGAGAAGUGUAGACGUGCCAGUACUUACAGACGCCAUCCUUUCCUUGAAUGGUGUAUGCCAGAGCCUUCACCUAAUGGGUAUUCAGGCUUGGAGUUAGCUGAAGCUAUGCCUUCUCCACGAACAAUGAAAACUCAUCUUCCUGUGCAGAUGGUACCUCCCUCCUUCUGGGAACAAAACUGUAAGAUAAUCUAUGUGGCGAGAAAUGCAAAAGACAACCUGGUGUCAUACUACCAUUUCCACAGAAUGAAUAAAGCACUUCCUGACCCAGGAACCAUGGAAGAGUUCAUGGAGAAAUUCAUGGCUGGAAAAGUGCUUUGGGGCUCCUGGUAUGACCAUGUGAAAGGAUGGUGGAAGGCAAAAGACAAGCACCGUAUUCUCUACCUCUUCUAUGAAGAUAUGAAGGAGAAUCCAAAGAGAGAAAUUCAGAAGAUUAUGAAGUUUAUGGAGAAGGACUUGGAACAGGGGGUUCUUAACAAGAUAAUCCAUAACACCUCAUUUGAGAUAAUGAAGGAAAAUCCCAUGGCAAACUACACUAAGGAUUUUGUGGGAUUAAUGGAUCACUCAGUUUCCCCAUUCAUGAGAAAAGGAGUCGUCGGGGACUGGAAGAAUUAUUUCACUGUGGCACAGAAUAAGAAAUUUGAUGAGGAUUAUAACAAGAAAAUGGCUGAUACAUCCCUUGUUUUCCGUGUGGAACUGUGAUUAUUAGUAAUGGGAGUUAUUCUUUAUGAUCUACCAGCCUUUCCAUUUUAUGUAUUUUGCUUUUCCUUGUGUCCCUAAUAUUUCAAUAUCUUUCUUUCACAUACCACUGAUUUUUCAUUAUGAUGAGAGUGCCCAACUUAUUAGAAAGUUUAGACUGGUCUAUGUGAAGAAAAUAAUCCCUCUCUGGAACUUGUCAUUCAACCCUCCGACAGUAACUUUUAGCAUUAACUAAAAUAUUUCAGACAUGUU